AUGGGAAUGCCUUGCGAUAACUGGGAUGAUGAGGAGGAAGAGGAGGAGGAGGAGGAGGAAGUAAAAGAGACUGAGGUAAAACAAGAAACCAAAGUUUCAGAAAAGAAGAAAAUAGCAGAAAAAAUAAAAGAAAAAGAAAGGCAACUGAAGAAAAAGCAAGAGGAGAUUAAAAAAAGGUUAGAGGUACCAGAGGAACCUAAAGAACUCACACCAGAAGAACAGGUAGCAGAUAAACUACGGCUAAAGAAAUUGCAAGAGGAGGCGGAUCUUGAAUUAGCAAAAGAAACAUUUGGUGUAAAUAACACUUGUGGAAUAGAUGCCAUGAAUCCAUCUUCAAAAGACGACUUUACGGAAUUUGGCAAACUGUUAAAAGAGAAAAUUACACAGUAUGAAAAAUCAUUACAUUAUGCCAGUUUUUUGGAAACAUUAGUUCGAGACGUAUGUAUUUCAUUGGAAGUUGAUGAUUUGAAAAAGAUCACAAAUUCUUUGACAGUGCUAUGCAGUGAAAAACAAAAACAAGAAAAGCAAAGUAAAGCCAGAAAGAAGAAAAAAGGAGUUGUGCCUGGAGGUGGUUUGAAGGCUACUAUGAAAGAUGACCUGGCAGAUUAUGGAGGAUAUGAUGGAGAAUAUGUACAAGACUUUGAAGACUUCAUGUGACAUUUAUCUUCCCUUACAUCUUUCUGUUGCCCGUAAUCCCUUAAACAUGUAGCAUAAUUUCUUUUCCUUUAAAUUCUGCCAAAUGCUACAAUCAAAAGUGCAGUAUCUCUGUGCUGGUUAUUUAACCCUUUGACACAUUGGUGCUAAAGCAUUGGGAUACCUGUCUGCCAUGGGGUUAAAAGGAAGAAACUCAAUAUCUACAUAAAUCACAGUACAAUUAAAUUCUAAUAAUGUUUUACUUGUUACUAUCUGGUUUCAUAGUAACAGCCACUAAAUUGGAAAUGAAUUUCAACACAGCAAAAGUUGUAUUAUUACCAGCACAGUUCAGUAACGCAGCCUUAACUGUACCUCCUUGAAUGAUUUAUCUUGUGAACAAAAGCAGUUUGCAGCAAGGGUGUGGUGUGCACUUAGUAUUAAAAAUGCUUUGUCUAUCGAGUUAAGAGCUUGAGGUUUUUCAUAGGUUUGUGAAGGGGCCUGCUAACUUCAGAGUAAGGAUACUGCACCUGAAAACACAUCACCCACUGUUAUUUCAAAGCUUGACAUCCAGAACAGAACAAGGAAACAGUUCCUUAAUUGCAUUUGAAAAAUGACUUGUAUCUCGAGUAUAAGCGAUUUCGUUUACAUUCAUCUGAAUAUUUCUACUAAUACAGCUGUACAGGUUCUUUAACAGUUAACUGCCUGGUUUAAGUGUCUGAGAGAGAUUUCCUUUGUUCUCAUGGGUUGUGUAGAUCUUUUCAUGACUCUGCCGUUUUCUUUCAUUUACAAAAAAAACCAAACUGCUUAGCAAACUGCAACAGUUACUACAGUUGGGCAAAUUGUUAUGUUAACAAUUAUGACAUCUGCAAUGUUUUAUAAAGCAACUAAUUUAAUAAAAUCACUAUUGUGAGGACUUCA